GUCCGGCUGGAAGAGCCUAGCAUGGGGGCCGGAUUGGGAGGAAUGCCUGGGCCCGACCAGUCUGACGGACGGACGGACGGACGGACGCAGAUGGGACGCGCCUGGCAGAACUCCAUUGUCACCAGCUUCUGUCUACAAACACAUGCAGUAGUGCCGGGUAGGAGGUGGACGACAUUUUGA